UUUGGGUCAUAACAUUCAAUAUGAUAUUUCUUCAUUCACAUGUAGUCGUGUAGUAGUUGUAGUUCCCACUGCCACCGCCAAAACUAUUUAUCCACCUUCAUUCUAGUCCCUCAUUCCUGUAAAGACUGCCUUUCUUUUCUUUUCUCAUUUCUUUUCAACUGGGUUCCUCACCUUCUUCUUCAAAAUUCUAAUUCUAGUUCCAAACUUUGAAAAAGAAGACCAUGUCUUCCAUGUUGGGCUCACAAGGCGUGGUCUUGGCGACGGCCAUGGCUGUCUCCGGCACUGUCCUCCUCCUCGCUUUUCGCCUUCAGAAACCGGCAGAUCACCACCAAAUUUCUCAGUCCACUCCCCAAAUUCUACGAUCUUGUAUCUCUUCUGAGAAGAAGAGGAAGAACAAGAAGAAGAGAGUUCACUUUGCAAAGGACGUGGUGGAUCCAAUUGGGGAUGGAGAAGAGUUCAGAAGGCAGAUCAUUGCUUCUUCUUCUUCAUCAUCAUCAUCAGCAUCAGCAUCAGCAUCAGCAUCACUAAACUUUAAAAAGACUAGUGGAGGUGCUCAGAAAUAUAAAGGAAUGCCAGCAAACCGAGUGGCUCUCUAUAAUGGGAUACUUAGGGAUCGCGUGGUUCAUCAUCGAUUGGCCUACUCGCACUGAUCGAUCAUCAUUCUCCCAUCGAUCUCUGUAUAUUUUGGGGUUUGAUUAGUUGUGUAUAAUUAAAGAUUAGGCCUUUCGUUAAAGUUUGUAUAUUAUUUUUCUUUUCUGAGGUUACAAGGAAUAUUCGGAAUUGUAAGGAAUGAUGGGCCAUAGGUUUUGGUAGUUCUUCUUGGCUUCUUGCCGUUUUUAUGUUUGUUAUAACAUGAUGGGAUUGGGUGCAGGAUAUGGUUCCUCAAUUUUUGUUCAUAUUUCAGCUCCAAAUCUUGUUGGAAUGUAAUCGUGUAUAGGUAGCUAGGCAGCUGAAUCCAUUGGGUUUAGUUUUAUGGUUGAAAAAAAAAUGUGAAAUCAAUUUAAGAGUAAAUGAUGAAUUACCUUUAAUCUUUUGAGUAUCA